AUGUUUCCUUCUCAUCAAAGUGAUGGCUUCCUGUACGAAAUCUCUGAUAUUCCCCACCAUCAAGAUUUAAUGCAGCAAAAUCUGACAAUAUCUGGGGAAGCUUCCGCAGGGGGAAGUACUCUCACCCAGAGAAUGGCAAAAGGCAAACGACAUAAAAAGUUAGCAGCUGCUGCCAACAGUAAUGAUGGGAAUGCUGCUGCCAAUAAUGAUGCUAAGAAGAUCAUGCGCAAGGAAAUCGAACGGCAAAGGAGGCAGCAAAUGGCCAAGCUCUAUGGAAAACUUAGAUCAUUGCUCCCUCUUGAGUCAAUAAAGGGAAAACGAGCUGUUUCCGAUCACAUGAACGAGGCAGUGAAUUACAUAAAAUAUUUGAAGAAGAAGAUCCAAGAAUUGAGUGUCAAAAGAGAUAAGCUCAAAAAGUUGUCCAAUUUGACUGCCUUUGAUCAAGGGAGUGCUAGUUCAUCUGAUAACUCCUCGUUGAUCAACUGUGUUGCCGUCCACCCUUAUGGGGGCGGAGUGGAGAUUGUGAUAAGUAGUGGCUUUGGAGACGAAAGCUGGCAUCUCUCUGCAAUGAUGCAAGUUAUUCGCGCAGAGGAGCUUGACGUUGUCCGUUGUAUCUCCAGCCAAACAAAUGAAGGGUUUUUGCACACUAUUCAGUCUGAGGUUAGUGAUCCAGCUCAUCGGCUUGAUCUACCCGGUUUGAAAAGCAAACUAAAUGAUUUGAUCUCGUUUUGAGAUACGCUUCUCACUGAUGAUGCUGUGUAGGCUGCGUCCAUUAUGAACUGCCA